AAAAUUUUGCCUUUUUGUGAGAAAGUAUUUAUUUUUUAUUCUCUUUAUGUUGACUGCCUCGCGCUAACAAAAAAAUGGCGUGAGAGAUAAUGUGAACCAGCUGAUAGCUUCAAAGUGUGAUUGAAACAAGUCCCUCCCCACUCGCUUCAACGUAGAUAACUAAUUACGAUGAUCUCUUGUGCAUACGUUUAUGUUGUUGAGUUUGUUGGUUUCUGUAUGUUUAGGGCAUAGUAUCUAGUUUUUUUUUAUUACAUAAUAUAAAUAAAGUGAUCGUAUUUUAUUAAUUUAAUUAAUUAUGUCGGGUCCGCUCUUUGGUAAACUAGCUAUUGUAACAGGUGCUGGCUCAGGCAUUGGUCGUGCCACUUGUCGAGUACUGGCUAGAGAUGGCGCAAAAGUGAUAGCUGCGGAUCGUAAUUUAAAAGCAGCAGAAGAAACCGCAAAUGAAAUUGGCACAGACGUUGCCUCAGCCGCUGAAAUUGAUGUAUCCUCAUAUGAAAGCGUCAACAAGACAGUUCAGAGCAUUGUUUCAAAAUUUCAAAAAGCACCGACAAUCGUAGUCAACUCAGCGGGCAUAACACGUGAUGGCUAUUUACUGAAAAUGCCUGAACGGGAUUACGAUGACGUUUACAGUGUCAAUUUGAAGGGUACGUUUUUGAUAACGCAACAGUUUGCCAAGGCUAUGAUUGCAAACGAUUCAAAAGGCGGUAGCAUAAUCAAUCUUUCCAGCAUUGUGGCUAAAAUGAAUAAUAUUGGGCAAGCAAAUUAUGCUGCCACAAAAUCGGGCGUUAUAUCAUUUACAGAGGUCGCCUCUAAAGAAUUUGGUAAAUUUGGCAUACGUGUCAAUGCUAUAUUACCUGGUUAUAUAAACACACCAAUGGUUGCUGUUGUACCAGAGAAAAUCAAAGAGCAAGUUAAAGUACGAUGUCCUUUGGGUCGUUUAGGUAAGCCCGAAGAAAUCGCUGAAGUCAUAGCAUUUCUCGCCUCUGAAAAGGCUUCCUAUAUCAAUGGCGCAGCAAUCGAAGUAACUGGCGGCCUAAAGUGAUAAAGUGAAAUAUUGUAAAAAUUUUAAAAAUGUUGCAUUUAUUUUUUAAUAAAACUAGUUGUCGGAAACCUGUGAAAAAUCA